AUGAUACAUAUCAUCCUUGAAAAAGGAAAGGAGCAGAGACAAGAAGAUGAACGCAUUGUCGACGAAACUGAUACUCUCAUUAAUAGUCUGGGUCGUCGAAUUUCUGGGUACCACUACAAGGCCAUCAUCGAGACGCAACGGUCCCUGUUGCCCGAUCUCACGAGAGUGAACAGGGAAGCACGAGACGCCGUAUUAUCGUUCUAUUCAACGCAACUACCAUGCCGAUUUAGACGUGACAAACAUAGCGAAACAAUAUCCACCAUCCGACUCAACCUGGACUGGGAUUACCUCCGAGUCUCCCAUGGAAAAGCCCACACUAUCUUCUUCGACUUCAUCCACGAUCUCCGCGCCUACGACCCCAAAGGCCGCGGUCUCCAGCACCUAGUCGUGGAAGGAUCCGACUACCGGACAUCAACCCACAACCCAUCGCCACUCAAGCACACCUUCGCCGAAGGCCCCUCCCUAGACGCCUUCAGAGCCACCGCCGCAAAAAACCUCAAAAGCCUCUGGUUCAAAUGCACACCGCGCGGCGCCCGCGCCCUCAACGUGCUGGACUGGAGGCGCGUCCACGUCUUCAACUACGGCGUCCCCGUGUUUCCCAACUUCACCUUCUUCGACGCACCGCUACCGGAUCCAAGGGUCGGCAUCGUGCGGGAUCUUGAAAAGAUUGGCGGGAGCGUGUAUGAUCCGAGGGAAGGCCCCCUCGGCUGGCGGAAGCUUCUUCGUGAUGCUGGCGUACGGCCCGAGGACGUGGCAAACAGAGGUCAGGACCGAGAUCUGGACGUCCGUAUCAUGUACGCCUCGAGCGAGGAGGGUUCCAUUCGCACCCGCGAGGAUGCGGCGAGGGUCCUCCAUGAGGAGGACUUUCGGUGGCUUGAGCUGCAGUGGUGGUUUCACGGGUGGGACACUCCCGCGGCCGGAGGACGUGCCGGCGGCGAGAGACCGGCGGGAUGUUUCUCGACGGCGUCGGGGUUGCAGGCUAAGCGGCCUGAGUUUGAUGGGCCCGAGGCGUUGGCUGCGGCGCCGAGACCGGCGCUUGGGUUUUGGUUGUUUCCUGUCGAGGCGUUUGGGGAGAUCCCAGAGGAAGGGGAGGAGGCGAGCAGUUGGUUGAAGGUGAAGUGGGUAUGGGACCUGAGUUCGUAUCGGCCUGAACUUGCGCUGGCGAACCUAUGUUGA